ACCUGUUUAGAUAAAAUCAUAGAGAGAGAAAUAGAAAAAAAGAAAUGGGAAGAGGAAGAAGCUCAUCGUCUUCAUCGAUAGAAAGCAGCUGCAAAAGCAACCCAUUUGGUGUCUCUUCGAGUAAUACUCGGAACCUAAGCACGGACCUGAGGCUUGGACUCAGCUUCGGAUCAUCGUCCGGACAGUAUUACAACGGUGGAGAAAAUCAAGAAUAUGGAGUCGUUGCGGCUGAUCAUGAAAUGAUUAUGGAAGAAGAAGAUCAAAACGAGUGCAAUAGUCUCGGAAGCUUCUAUGUGAAAGUGAACAUGGAAGGAGUUCCUAUUGGAAGAAAGAUUGAUCUCUUGUCCCUUAAUGGUUACCAUGAUUUGAUCACAACUCUCGAUUACAUGUUCAACGCCUCAAUCCUUUGGGCUGAAGAAGAAGAGAUGUGUAGUGAGAAGAGUCACGUGCUAACGUACGCAGACAAGGAAGGUGACUGGAUGAUGGUGGGAGAUGUUCCAUGGGAGAUGUUCUUGUCUAGCGUGAGAAGACUGAAGAUCUCAAGAGCUUAUCACUACUGAUUUUUUUUUUUUUUUGAAAAAGCAAAAUGGAAUCUAGGAUUGACCAAUACAGUGGGGAGAAAAAAGUUAGUUUUUUUUAUCAUGAUGUAAAUCACUUGUCGGAGAUUUAUUCAAAAUUUUGUUUCUUUCUAGUUGAUUGCGUUGUAUUAAUCGGUUGUAACUUGUAAGGAGGAAAAACUUUUAGACCAUUCUUAAGAUUAAAUCUAGUAUGAAUCGAUUUGGUGCACUACUAAUUUCGGUUAGUUAUCGGAUUUAAUCAAACCUAUCUUUCAUUUACUUUAAAAAAAAGGCUUCAGUUGUUUUUCUA